UUUAUUGUUUGAAAUUUUCGCAACGCAUCAUGCAAAAUUGUGAUUCUGGACAAGUUUCUAACGAUUCUAAUGGGGUUCAGGAGGACACGAAUGACUUGACGACACCUUCACAAGCUAAUUACAAUGAAGGUUCAAGCGACUUAGCUAAUCGUAUUAAUGGAUUGUAUCGAUUGUUGGAUUUAUGUUAUGAUGAUGGUUCAAGCGGCAUUGUGGACAAGAUAAUUAUUUCCAAGGAAUAUUUAGGGAAACUAUGCAAUGAUAUGGUCCCAUCAAGUUUCAAGUCUAUUUCUGAAAUUAAUUACUCGAAAUUAAAUUCAAUCCCAUUUCGUCUUAUUGGAUGUUAUGGAAACCGCAUUUUGAUUGCAAAGUUCUUGUUGAAUAAAAAUAUAAUUGAUCAACAAUUGUAUGAAUUGCUCACAACUUCCGUCUCAAUUAAUGAUACAAACAAACCUUCGUUACUUCCAGGAAUUUACUUUUUAAAAGUGAAUUCUAAUUUUGGUUUAAUUAUUCAUUGGCCUGAAAUUGGAUGCUAUGAAAAUGAUUUAGAUGCUUCUUCCCAGAUUAAAAGGAAUAUGGUUAAUUUACAUAGAUAUUUAACAAAACUCCCCGAUCAUCAGAUCUGUUUAAUGAGCGAUGAAGAUUUGGAAGGCUUAAACUUAGAGAAUUCUGGUACUAACGUAGGCGAUGAUUCAGAUGAUGAUUAUGAAGUAAAAAAAAGUCAAGAAGAAAGGGAAGAUUUUAAUAUUGAUAACGGCUUUAAGGUGAAGUUGUCAAAUAGAAUUAAGAACGAAAUUAAUAAUCAAAAUGAAGAUGAUAUCCCGUUAUAUCCAAUAGAAUUGUUUGUUAAACACGGAUUAGGAAUGGAAAAAUUAUUAACUCCACUGUAUGACGCAAUUUCUGAAGCAAAAGAUCAAAAUGAAAAAAGAAAGGAUCAAGAAAUUAACACUAUCUCUGAAGAUAUCAAAAUCAUUCAAAAAAUGGCAUCAAUAAAACUACGUGAUUUUGAACGUUAUUUCGGCAAAUAUAUUAAGCAGGAUAAUCAGGAUAACUGUCCAUCACAAACGAGCAUGAGCGAUACGGACCUCGAAAGAAUUCGAACAAGGUAUCCUGGAAUAGAGGAUCAAAUUAAAAAAACGAUUAAAAUUGACUCAAGAAAUUGGGAAAAAAUGAAAACAAAAUAUAAUUUAUCAUGUAUCGUUAUUAAUAAAAUAUUGGAAAAAACCAAUGAAUCAGAAGAAAACUAUGAAACAGGUGAAACGAAAAAAUUCGCAAUAGAAACCUUUUACAAUAUGCUCACUGAUAUUGAAUCUGACUUAAACAAAUUGCUUGAAAAAUAUACACAACAAUCAAAAGUCAGGAGAAUUUUAAAUAAUGUUUUUAAAACUUCGAAUAUUAAAAAGGCAGAACAAAUGACCAGUAAAGAGUCAGAUGAAGAAUUUAUUAAAAAACUCUUCGAAUUUGAAUUAUUUGAAAAAAAGAUUAUAAAUGUUUCUAUUGAGGAAUAUCAUAAAUGGAAAAAUGAAGAUUUUCCUAAUAAUCUUAAAAAAAUUUUGCCGAGUACUCAAAAUAACAAACAACUAGAUAAAUUAAAGCGAGAAUAUGAAGAAGAAAAGAAAAUAAUUGAGAAAAAUAUGUUUGGACAAAUAUGUAAUGAAAUAGAAAAAAAAUAUAAAGAUGGCGGGAGAUUCCAUGCGAUUAUAUGUAUUAAAUGUAAAAAAAAAAUAUCUCAAUUUGAUAAAGAUAAAUUUCUUCUUAUGCUUUACAAUAAAGAUACAAAAAGAAUUGAAAUAUUCUUUAAUACUGCAAGACAAUUAGCACAAAAUUUUAAAUCGCAUUCGACUAUUAAACCAUUUAAAUCAUUCUAUACAGAUGAAAAUUUUAUUAUUGCAGUUAAUGAGCCAAAAGGGCUUCUCGCAAUAUAUAAUACAGAAGAAGUUAAGCUUGAUGUAUUUUCUUUUACCGAUAAUCGAUCAAGGUUAUAUGGACGUUAUGCAAAUAUUCAAUUAUUGCAAUGGUAUAGUAAUAUACCGAGCAUUAAAUAUUUUCUGUUCAUCAAAGACACUGAGGAACUUUGCUUUGUCGAGAAUUGUGGACGAGCACGUAUUUUUAAUCUCGUGAAUUCACAAUUCCGAGUAACAGAUUGUAAAUUUCCGUCUAAUUUAGUAAACGUUUUAAGUUCCCCAGAUGGUUCUUGUAUUGUGACAUUUACGAAAGAAAUAUUGGAUGAUAAACCUGAUAAAGCUGAUUCAAUUAUUUCUACCGAUGAUAAAAAACAACGUGAUUAUAAUAAUGAUAUUAAAGAAAUAAAUCGUGUUUACGUUUAUUUUUCCGAAAACUUUGGAGGCAAAGUUAAUAAAGUUAUUGAUUUACCAUUAAAUUUUAAAUUCUUAGAAUUUCUUCAAAUUUCCUGUAUCAAUAACCGACAGACUCAUUUGAUCUCACUCGAUUUAAAUAAUGGAUGUUUUAAUUCUUUAUUACUCAAAAUUACUCUUCAAAAGGCGAAAUUUCGUUUCCAAAAAUGCAUGCGAAAUCAUUCACUUGCGCUUCAGAGAACAAAAUCAAAUGAUCUUAUCAAUGCUUAUAAUUUAAUGUUUGAAAAAUAUCCAAUUGAUAGCUGUAUCUAUCUUGAACAAAGUCGCCCCCUUAGUCUAAAAGUAGUUCUUGAUGUUGAUAAAAAUAACAACAUUAAAAAAUAUGGCGAGAAAUUUAAAAAAUAUGUUACUAAAAUAUUUGAUGAUUUAAAGCAUUCUACAAAGAAACCUGCAAAUAUAUUAAAAGAAUUUUCUACAUCGGUCAUUACUUUUCAAGAACUUGAUAUUGCAAAUGUGAAAUUUCAGAAGGACUUUUCAUCAGAAUAUCAAUUGGGAGAGUGGAUUAUUCAACUUUGUUGUCUAAUUCCUAUACAAAUUGCUGUAGCAAGAAACAACUUAUUUCAGCCACUCAAGGAUGGAUUAUCUUCGGAUAUUGAACUUGGAGAUGAUCGUCGUCAUGUAGAAAUUAUAUCAAAAAACAUAUCUUUUGGAUGGUAUGAGGGAAUAUUCAAGCAUUUUAGUAGUAAAAAAGUAAAAAUUAUUUCAAGCAUGGGUGAACAAUCAUGUGGAAAAUCAUUUAUGUUAAACCAUCUUGUUGGAACUACAUUUGAUGGGUCAGCAAUGCGUUGUACUGAAGGCGUAUGGAUGUCAUUAGUUAAUACAAAAGAAUGUAUUUAUGUCGCGCUCGACUUUGAAGGAUUAAGAUCUCUUGAAAGAACUCCACAAGAAGAUAUGUUUCUAACACUCUUUAAUACAGUUGUCUCAAAUCUUAUUCUUUAUAAAAAGAAUCAAUACACCAUAAAUAGAGAUGCAUCAAAAAUGUUUCAAAAAUUUCAAGAUGGCGUAAAGUUAUUUGAGUCGGAUCCAAAGGCAAGACUCUGUAUUAUCAUUAAAGACGUGCCUGAAACAGAUAAGAAUGGUAUUACUAAAGAGUUUCAAUUAAAAUUGGAUAAAUUAGUUGCAGAGGAAGGAGGAGAUAAUUUUAUUACAAAAAUGUAUGGAGGUGGAUUAAGUAUUAUAGCUUGGCCUGUUUUUCAUGACGUAGCAUGGUUUAAAAAGCUAUCAAAAAUUAAAAUAAAGCUAGAUGAACAGGAAACAAAAUAUGAAAAUGCUAAAACUUUCUUGCAAAAUACGAAAGUAAUCAUGGCUAAAUUGAAGAUAUGUGAUUGGAGUUCGUUAAACGAAAACCUCAUACAUAUCCGUGUUGCAACGUUAAAAAGAUUGCUUCCAAUCGCUGUAUCUUAUGGUAUAGAGCAAAAGGAUCCCAUUAUUGAACCUCUUGUGAAUCAUGAUUCCGAAGAACCAAUUGAUGGUCCAAUAGAUUUCUUGAACGAUGGAAAACCAAUUAAAUUAUUUCCAGAUGAUGAUGAUCAUGAUGAUGAAUUUUUCAUCCAGCUUUCUGAAUAUUUAAGAAACCACUUCGAGAAAACCACACAACCACGAAAAGAGUCAUCGGAUGAUAAUGAAUGGUUUUCUAACUUUGAUAGAUUCUUAAAAGAUAUUAUUGGGCAUCGAACUUCACGUGUUAAAAAUUGGUAUUUGGAAAAUACUGCCAGAUUUCCACAAGAUAAUAGUGACAUAACUGAUGGAAGGUACGCAUUGGAUCAAAAAAUAGGUGAACUUACACGUCUAUGGACUUUGUGUGGAUUAACAUGUUAUCAAUGUGGUUUGAAAUGUGUGAAAAAUUGUGGUUACAAUGAAAAUCAUGAUCACAAAGAAAAUCAUGACUGUUUAACCGAUCAUAAGUGCCAUUUUCCUUGUCACUUUACCGAAGCCCACAACGACAAUCCAACCCCAGAAUGUAGACACAAAGCUGGACAUAAAGGAAAACAUGCUUGUGCUAAAAUGAUUCAUUUGUGUGGUAAAGCAUGUUUCCUUAUUGACAAGCUUAAUUGUCAAAAAGUUUGUUCUAAGGAAAUUGGACAUGAUGAUGGCGAACAUUUAUGUCAAUCAAAACGUAAUCAUUAUUGUGGAAAAGAUUGUUCAUUAUCAAUACACAACACAAAAGGAGAUUAUCGUUGCCCAAAUAAAUGUAUUAUAUCAUGUGAAGAAGAACAUGAUUUUCAUCAUUGUGAAAAUAAAAUUUGUCCAAUUCAAUGUCCAAUUCCAGAUUGCAAGGAAAGAUGUCAAAGUGAUGAUCACUUUCAUGCUUUUUCUGGUUCACAGCAGGUUAAUCAUUUUUGUGGGAAAGAGCAUCAAUGUCGUAAAUUAUGCGAAGAAGAUGGUAUAUGUAACGUGUUGACUGAACCUAAAAAGCAAGAAGAAACUUAUAGGGGUAGAGUCGAAGGAACUGUUAUUACAUAUACAAAGUAUAUUCAAGUAAGUGAUAAAUUAAAAUGCAAUAAAAAGAUUCCUCCGAAUGAAUUUGAGCAUACUGGAAAACAUACGCAUAAAGAAGAGGGAGUAUUUCAUUAUUGUGAUAAACAAUGUCCGUUCUGCGAAUAUUUUUGUACGUUACCUUAUGGACAUCAGCAACAAAUUCAUGACACAAAACAUGGUAAUAUGACACAAACUGAAUUCACAGGAGAAGAUGAUGAAUUUGUAUAUGCAGGGCACAAUUUAAGAGUUGGUGAUCAAGGAACAUUUGUUCUUUGCAAUUGUUUUUGUAAAGAUUUAGGCAGACAUCGCCAUAUUGAUUAUUGCCAAAAUGAAGAAAAUUGCAGACUUGGAAAUCAGAGCCGGGAUAUGCAACACAUCAAUGUGAAAGUUUCGCCUAAUCCUGAUAAGCCAAAAGAUUUUAUUUCUCACAAACUUUUCUGGGAGCGAACAGGCUUCAAAGAUCCUUAUACUGUUCAAGAACAACAAGAAUUUGCAAAAUGUGAUCAUGAAUGUCCCGAUGAAAAACAUCUUAAAUCCGGAUCUACAAGUGUUCCUCCAACUAAAUCAUUUUGUGAAUUACAACUUUUCCAUGCUCAACUUUGUCCAGAAUCAAAACCUCCAAACGAUUAUGGAUAUAUAUCUUCAGAUGGACAUCAUUUUAAUUGUGAAAAACUAAAUACUGCUUUUCACAUUGUCUUUGUUUUGGAUUAUUCAAUUUCUAUGAGUGAGCAAGAUAUAAAACCGAUUCAAGACUUUCCAAUUUAUGAUGACUUAACAAAGAAGCAUAAUAAUAGGAUUGGCGCAGUUUAUCAAGCGGUGUACUUAUUUAUGAAUACACGUAAAAAUUCCGCUAAAAUAACUCCUGAUAGCAUUUCAUUAAUCUUGUUCAACCAUAAGACUAUAGUCCCAUUUGAAUAUCGAGAUUUAACAAAUCUUUCAGAUGUGUUAAAUUCAAUGCUUAAAUACGAAGCUGGUGGUUUAACAGACUUUGAUAGUGCAAUUCAGAAAGCUGGAAUUUUGAUUGAAACUCACUUUGAUCCUACAAAGGUAAAUGUCAUUAUAUUCUUAUCUGAUGGAGAAUGCAAAACUCCAACAAAUCAACUUAAUGAUAUUUGUAAACAAAAUAAAGAAAACGGUUCUCCGUUAUACCUGUAUACGGUAUUAUUUGGUAGUGAUCGCACAAUCUUAUCAUCCACAGAAUUCAUCAUCCAAAACUCUACGAUGUCAAUUUACUAGUACUGCUGAUGCGGGUAAAUUAGUGAAUCAUUUUAAUUACGUAGCAGAAAGUUUAAGAAAACAUAAACCAGCUUUAUUGAAGAAAAUAUAAUAAGUAUAAUAGGGGAUAAAUCAAGUUAAAAUUUUCAAUUCUUAUUGUUUUUGAGAUUUCUUUUUAAAUUUUGUAUGAGUCAAAUGAACAUUAUUUAGUAAAAUCUUUGGCAGGAGUUUAUGACGUAUAUUUCAAGAUUUAUAAAGUGCGAUUAGGAGAUAAUUAGCAAAAUUAUAUACGCCAUAUAUAUGGCGUAAUGUUGUAAUGCCAUAAUUUUUCAUGCCGAUUAUUGAAUGCUGUAAUCGUAAAAACAUGUAUCAAUUGUAUCAUGUAUCAUAAUUAAUUAAAAACGUCACCCGCCACUUAAAAACAUUAUUAUGUUAUAUCUAUUUUUUGUAAUAAUAAAAGUGAUGAAAAGCAAUCUAAUCAUAAUCAU